AUGGCUACUACCAAAUUAGUUAUGAAACUCGUCUACAUCCUCCUCACCCUAUUCACCUUUACCAUAUCUCCUGCGAUCUCAACGGCCCCAGAGGGUUGCGACAGCGGCGCAGAGAAUCCAUGCAUCGACAAAGCUAAGGCUUUACCACUCAAAAUCGUCGCCAUUGUUGCCAUCCUUACGACAAGCUUGAUAGGUGUAAUGGCUCCUCUUUUCAGCCGUCACAUUGCGUGUCUCCGUCCUGAUGGCCACGGUUUCAUGAUUGUAAAGUGUUUUGCUUCCGGAAUCAUCCUCGGAACCGGUUUCGUGCACGUGUUGCCUGACUCUUUUGAGAUGCUAUCAUCUGAAUGUCUUAAUGAUGAUCCCUGGCAUAAGUUUCCUUUUGCGGGAUUUGUCGCUAUGUUGUCCGGUCUAGCUACUCUAGCCAUUGACUCCAUUACCACCAGCUUGUAUACCGUCAAAAACGUAGAUGAACCUGUUCUUGACGUGUAUGGCUACGAUCAGGAGAAGGCGAUUCACACUGUAGGUCACAAUCACAGUCAUGGUGUUGUGCCAGAAACUACAAAAGAUAAUACACAACUUCUACGGUACCGUAUCAUUGCCAUGGUAUUGGAGCUUGGGAUUUUAUUUCAUUCUGUUGUCAAUGGACUAUCUCUCGGAGCAACUAAUGAUGCAUGCACAAUUAAAGGACUCAUCAUAGCUCUCUGCUUCCAUCACUUGUUCGAAGGUAUUGGUCUCGGUGGCUGCAUCCUCCAGGCAGAUUUUAAAAACGUGAAGAAGUUCUUGAUGGCAUUCUUUUUCGCUGGAACAACACCUUGCGGUAUCUUUCUUGGAAUCGCAUUGUCGAGCAUCUAUAGAGAUAAUAGCCCAACGGCGUUGAUUACGACAGGACUGUUAAAUGCUUGCUCGGCCGGAAUGCUCAUCUACAUGGCACUUGUCGACCUUCUGGCUACCGAGUUCAUGGGAUCAAUGCUCCAAGGUAGCAUCAAAUUUCAGAUCAAGUGCUUUGCGGCGGCUUUGCUCAGCUGCGCCAUAAUGUCGGUGGUCGCCAAGUGGGCUUAA